ACCAACUAUCACAUCGAUGAAAUACAUAACCGUAACCACCACAAUCCAACGUAAAAAGAUAUACAUAUCCACGUGAGAUUGGAGAUAUAUAAUUAGACAUCCCACAUUUCAAUUAAUUUCACCGCAAUCGACCAACCACAAAACGAUCAGAACACAAUCCAUAAUGCCACCCCAACAACCACCCCCACCAACCAUCCUCUCCCUAAAAUCCGACUUCCUCAACACCCAAACGCGCACCCUCUCCCAACCCUUGGCCCCAACGCGCACCUUCACUUCUCAAAACGACGGCACCUCCUCCCCCCACUCUCAACUCCAACAACACCAAAGCAUCCCUCAAAAACCGCUCUCCGAAGCCCUCCAGAAACUCAACCACCGCCUCACCCAACACAACCGACGCGCCUACCCUCCUCAAGCAACACGACACGUAGCCGAACAAAUCGACAAACUUUAUUUUACUUCUACUUCAACUUCCACAUCCUUGGGGGCGAAAGAAAACGAAGGAAAUGGAGACGAAGAUGAUGAGGAGGACGAACAUGGACAGGCUUGGUUGCGAGUAAACGCCGACUUGACCGUUCCCCGCUUAAUCACCUCCAUACCCGACUCCUGGUCCUCUGUCUCGGAAAAGGAAGCAGACGACCACCCCAUGGAAGCCAAGCGGUUUGCCGAGUUGGUGGCGCAGUUGAAGGAAUUGGACCAGCAGAAACGGAAGGUGUUGGAACGGGUGGCCAAAUUACGAAAAAUUAAGGGGUUGGUUGAGGGGUUUGCAGCUUCCCCUACUCAAGACCUGAAUGCCGAGGGAGAACAAGUAAGGGAGGGGGCAGAAGGGGAAGGGGGAGGAGGAGAAGGAGGAGGAAUGAAAGCGGUACAAGAGAAUCUGGUGACUAAGAAUGGGGAGAUGGAGGCUGAGUUGCAGAGGAUGAGGGUUCUGCUGGCUAGAGUGGGUGGAAGGGUUGAGAAGCUGGAUAAGGAGAGGGGAAAGGAGAAGGAAAGAGGGAGUGGGAGUGGGAGUGGGAGGAGGAAGAGGGCAAGGGAAGGGGAGGAGGGAGAGGGGGCAGGUGAUGAGAGGAAGAAGUUGGACAAGUUGCUGGACAGCUUUUGAUGUUCUUUGUCACGGCCUGGAUGGGGAAGAUGAUGGGAGGUAGAAUUGUGCAUUUCUCGAGGCGCUCAGGACUGGGCCUCGUUUGGAAAUCGGAUGGGGAGUGUGUGGAAGGUAAAGAACAACCAGGGACUGGUUUUGGUUGGUUACUCAUGAUACCCUGAAAAAUAUCACGGAGCAAACACACGAGGCCUUGGACAGUAAUUCGACCCAUGAAGAUGUGCUACGACUGUUGGGCUUAUAUCGAUACUUCGUAAAAUCAUAAUAUUACAAAUCUUUAUGCAGGACGCUCAAACUCAGCGCU